AUGGACUUUGACCCGACUACCCACCCCCACCGGCGAUACAACCCACUGACCAAUGAGCAUGUUCUCGUGUCGCCUCAUCGGACCAAACGUCCUUGGCAAGGCCAAACAGAGCCACCUUCGACUCAAUCUCUACCACACUAUGAUCCGCAGUGCUACCUGUGCCCUGGCAACAAGCGCUCCAACGGAGAUGUCAAUGAGAAAUACGAGCACACCUAUGCCUUCCCCAAUGACUUCCCAGCGUUAUUGGGUCCGCCCGCACCCCUACCUCCCCCAGCGCCACACCCUCUGCUCGCGACCCAACCCGUUCAAGGCCGCUGUGACGUCUUGGUCUUCCACCCACGCCACGAUCUCACUCUUGCGAGACUAUCUAUUCCGGAUAUUGAGCGCGUGAUUGAGGAAUGGACAACAGUAUACGAACAGAGAGGUCGCGAAAAAGGGAUCAACUACGUACAAAUAUUUGAGAACAAAGGCUCCAUGAUGGGAUGCUCCAAUCCUCAUCCACACGGCCAGGUUUGGUCGCUAUCAACAAUUCCUCAGGUCCCCGCUGGGGAGCUCGCCUCCAUGCGUCAAUACGCAGAUGGAACACAUCCUUCUUCGUCUCCAGCAGAUCUGACAUCGGCCGCACCAAAGGGACCUGGCGGAAAACCCUGUUUGCUGUGUGAAUACGCUCACUUCGAGGUCCAUGGGGCUCCAGCAGACAAUAGCCGUGUGGUGACUAAGAAUGGCACCUGGGUCGCACUUGUACCCUUCUGGGCAGUAUGGCCGUUCGAAAUAUUGCUCCUCCCACACUCGCGGCACAUCUCGUCCCUCUCAGAUCUCACACCUACCGAACAUCGCGAACUGGCCGAGAUCUUGUCCACGAUCUCGGUCAAGUAUGACAAUUUGUUCCUUACGUCGUUUGCGUACUCGAUGGGGUUACACCAGCGUCCCGUGCCUCGUGCUCAUGCACCGAUGACCAACGGUGUUAAUGGCACCAACGGAGCCCAUUCCCAUUCGAACGGAAACACAAACGGGAACGGACAUGUGCCAGAGGAGGAUGAGCACGAGAUUGCACACAUGCACUUCCACUUCUCGCCACCCCUUCUUCGGAGCGCAAGUGUUCGAAAGUUCCUAGUAGGUUUCGAACUCAUGGGAGAGCCUCAACGAGAUCUUACGGCCGAACAGGCGGCCACCCGGUUACGCAACUGCGCAGAAGUUCAUUAUCUUUCGGAGCAAUCGAAUCCGUCGUAA